AUGGCCUUCAGCAGCUGUCGUAUAUUCCCGGGGAAUCUAGGUCUUCAGAUCAUAGACCAGUUACUGAGUGUUUUGGGCCAAAAUAGAGUCAGCUCCCAACAGGUUGAGGAAAAGUGUUGGUUUCCAAAACAAGAAGCUGUACCUUCAUAUGUUGCUCUGAAGAUUACCCCAGCUUUAACGAAACUCAACCUGAAGACUGACGGGGACAUCUCUUUCCCCAUUCACCAAGAAGAGAGAGCAUAUGGCAAGCUAGCAACAAACCAUACAAAAGUAGAACACAUACCCGACUGGUUUCGCCCUGCCUUGGGCUCAUCAGGAGAACAGCUCCAGCUCCCAACCAGCUUCGUGCUCCUCUACCAGACUUCGAUAACAAGAACUCCAAAAAACAUCAAGACAGGAAAAUCCAAUUCCAGCCAUCUCUUCCCCACGAAUCACGGUACUUGUUUUAUGCCGCUAGAGUUUCCUCCUCUCCCGCCCAUUAUCAUACACAGGACCAAACCACCCACGGGCAGCUUUCACGCGCUCAGGCCAGUAUACAAUGAACUCAUGGGCUUGCUUUCACUCAUUCGGGCCCGGAUGGGAAUUAUCUGCAUGAGAUUCGUAGGAAAGAGAACAGCUAAGUCAUAUCAUUCCAUGUUCGACGUUUUCGAAGAAAAAGUUACGACGUCUGAGUGUUUUAGAGUCACUGAGGCAUUUCGAAAAGGUGGAAACCAGUGA